AUGGUCCCACCUUUAUCACCACCACCACCACUACUGCCCAGCGAACAGCAGCUCCCUCAGUCCCCGACAGCGGGCGCCAACACGAAGAUCUUCGUGGCGCUGUACGACUACGACGCGCGCACCGACGAGGACCUCAGCUUCAAGAAGGGCGAGCACCUGGAGAUCAUCAACGACACCCAGGGCGACUGGUGGCUGGCCAUGUCGAGGGCCACCAAGCACCAGGGCUACAUUCCCUCAAAUUACGUCGCCAAGCUCAAGUCCAUCGAAGCUGAGCCAUGGUACUUCGGAAAGAUAAAGCGCAUCGAGGCGGAGAAGAAGCUGCAGCUGCCGGAGAACGACCACGGCGCCUUUCUCAUUCGCGACAGUGAGUCCCGCCGCAAUGACUACUCCCUUUCGGUGCGCGACGUGGACACGGUGAAGCACUACCGCAUCCGACAGCUCGACGAGGGCGGCUUCUUCAUCGCCCGGCGGACGCCCUUUCGCACCCUCCAGGAGCUGGUGGAGCACUACAGCAAGGACGCCGACGGCCUCUGCGUCAACCUGCGCAAGCCCUGCGUGCAGAUCGAGAAGCCGCAGACCAGUGGCCUCUCGCACAACACCCGCGACCAGUGGGAGAUUGACCGGAACUCACUUAAGUUUGUCCGCAAGCUGGGCCAGGGGCAGUUCGGCGAGGUGUGGGAGGGCCUGUGGAACAACACCACCCCGGUGGCGAUCAAGACGCUGAAGCCGGGCACCAUGGACCCCAAGGACUUCCUCACCGAGGCGCAGAUCAUGAAGAAGCUGAGGCACCCGAAGCUGGUGCAGCUGUACGCCGUCUGCACCAUGGAGGAGCCCAUCUACAUCAUCACCGAGCUGAUGAAGAACGGCAGUCUGCUGGAGUACCUGCAGGGCAAGGGCAGGAACAUGAAACUGAACCAGCUAAUUGACAUGGCGGCGCAGAUUGCCGCCGGCAUGGCCUACCUCGAGUCGCAGAACUACAUUCACCGCGACCUGGCUGCGCGGAACAUCCUGGUGGGGGAGAACAACAUCGUGAAGAUUGCCGACUUUGGCCUGGCGCGGCUGAUCAAGGAGGACGAGUACGAGGCCCGCGUCGGCGCCCGCUUUCCCAUCAAGUGGACCGCCCCGGAGGCGGCCAACUACAGCAAGUUCAGCAUCAAGUCGGACGUGUGGAGCUUCGGCAUUCUCCUCACCGAGCUGGUCACCUACGGGCGCAUUCCCUACCCGGGCAUGACCAAUGCCGAGGUGCUCAUUCAGGUCGACCACGGCUACCGAAUGCCCUGUCCCACCGGAUGUCCACCCACGCUGUACGACAUAAUGCUGGAGUGCUGGAACAAGGACCCCCUCAAACGGCCCACCUUUGAGACGCUCCAGUGGAAGCUGGAGGACUUUUUCACGCUGGAGGGCAGCGAGUACAAGGAGGCCUCCAUGGCCUACUGA